AUGGACAUGACAAACCAGAACUUGAGGACGUCAAUCAACCGGAGUGCCCCCGUGGUGCUCCUCAUCUUCCUAUUAUCAUUCACUCAAGUUGGCACUGUUAAGUCUAUCGGGAUCUUCCUCAAAGACAUCUCAAACAGUCUGGGAACAACCUCCAAAGACAUCGGAUUCGCGUUUGGUCUUUUUAACUCCUUGUGCUACUUGCCAGCUCCGCUGUUUAUUGCCCUCAAUCGUUUACAUUGGACUCGACGUCCUCUCUUGAUUGGAGGAUCCACUUUCAUUUCUCUAGGGGUCAUGCUAACAGCUUUGGCUACUAACAAUGCUUUGAUCGCCGUUUAUUUAUCAAUUUCUGGCCUGGGGUAUUGUAUGGUCGGCAUAUCGGCAAUACUGACCUUAAGUCAACUGACAAGCGAGCAGAACUUCUACCUGUUGUUCGGAUUUGGCAUGAGCGGGUUUGGCUUGGGUAUGUUUCUUUUACCACUUCUAGCUGAGCUCUUGGGUGAAGUUUACGGUUGGAGAGGAGGCAUACUCAUUCUAGGUUGCCUGAUGGCUCACCUAGUCCCUAGUGCCGUUGCGGUAAGACUACCCUUGACCGGAAGUCGAUCGUUGAACCUAAGCGCGAAUUACCAAGAACUUGAGCAUAGUGGAGUUUCUGAGGAAAGUUUAGUAAACAACUGUUCAAGCGAGGAAACAGACAUCACUCCAUUAUGCCCUAGAGGUGCAGACCGCAAUCAGGCAGCUGCUGGUGAAUCUUCAACAUACUCUUCAUUAGUCACCGGAAUUGAAAUGGAAUCUCGUGAAAAUGAAUCGAGUGCAAGGCAAACCUUUGUGAGAUUACAUGAUAGUUUUUACCGGUCAGAUUUUUACAGGGACCCUGUUUUUAAUUUCUUAUUUCUUACUUCCUCCACGUUUGGAAUCGUCUACUGCGGUUGGCAUUCUUUUCUGGUACCCCUUGCAAUCCAGAGAGGUUAUUCGAUCCGUGCUACGAUACUUGUGACUUUCUACGCAUCAGUAGGAAACUCCAUAGGAAGACUCUUGGGAGGCGCCCUCUCCGGUCGCCUCGCUAAUCCAAUUACCCUUUGCCUCUGUGCAGCGCUUUUGAAUUCCGUUUCUAUUUUGUGUGAUGCAUUCUUUCGCAACUACUAUGUAAUGAUACCUACUUCGUGUAUAUCUGCUUUAUGUCUUGGCGGAAUGUCCGUCCUUAACCUUCUAUCAAUUAAGAAGAGAGCGUCUCCUGGAAGCUUUGAUGUUGCAUUAGCAGCCUACGAUGUAGCCUUUGGUCUCGGUACCUUCCUCGGUGGCUACCUAUCAGGUGUUGUUGGCGGAGUCUUCUCGUACGAUGCAACAUUCAAGUUUCUUGGUGGUGUACAAAUCUUGGUCUUUGUUCUAAUGCUGCCACUUGCUGUGUUUGAGAAACCAGCCGAACUUUGA